AUCAUUUGAAAUCUAAUCCUGUCCUUCAAAGUGCUUGCAGCCCCUCCCUGCUUGGUGUCAUAUGCAAAUUUUAUAAGAAUACUCUCCGCUCAAUCAUUCAAGUCAUUAAUGAAAAUAUUGAGUAGUACCAAACCAAUGACCGAUCCCUUCAGGUCACCAUCUGAUAGGUCUUCCCAGUUUGACAGUGGAUCAUUGAUAACUACUCUUUGAGGAUGGCCUUUCAACCAGUUGUGCACCCACCUUACAGUAAUUGCAUCUAGACUUAUAGAUGAAUACUAUGAAAAUUCCUGCUUUAUAAAUGUUUGUUGAGAACAAGUAUUAUAUUUUAGAACAAGGCAGACUCCUCAUAAAUGGUGCAUAAUUAGGAUGAUUUCUAGUGAGGGACUUUUGUCAUAAUUUUAAAUGCAAAUACUCAACCUGUCAUCACCUUAAAAUAGUUUAUUAAUUGGGUUGCAUUCCUAUUCCCUUAGGGCAAAAUUCUACUGUCAGUACUGCAAGUUCAAUCUAGAUUCCAGUAUCCGGCUGUUCCCAGGAAUUCCGUGUGGACCUGAGAGCAGCAUUUUUCUCUUGUUAAAAUAUAUGCUGGCCUUCAAAUGUUCAUGAUUGCAUAGAUUUUUGUCUCCUCUCUCUUCCUCUCCCCCCACCCCCAUGUUUUUUUUGUUUUGUUUUUCCUUCGUUCUAGCAAUCAUGGUGAAUUUUGUCCAAGCUGUGCGUGACUACUGGGUCCAUAUUUUGUGUCCCAUGGGAUUUGUUAUUGGAUGCUAUCUGGACAGAAGGAAUGAUGAAAAACUAUCGGCUUUCAGAAACAAGAGCAAGUUAUUUAAAAGGGAAUUGAAACCCGGUGAAGAAGUUACCUGGAGAUAAAGGCUGUCUGUGAAAUGGGAAAUGCUUCCAUGUAAUUAAAUUAGCGUGUAUAACAAGUGGAUGAUGUCUUUGUUACUGUGUCAUCUGUGGAACAGGAACCAUGUUUUUACACUUGAUACACUUCAUUCCUAGUAUUAAAAAAAAAAUAAA